CCUAUAUAUGGAGACAAAGCCACACAAGAUAGACUAAAUAUAUGCAAGUUCAGCAGCUUGGUAGUAUCUCUAGUACACGUACAGUUUUCCCUGCUGUUAAAUUGUGUAUAGUUACAAUGGACAGGAGACUGAUGUUGUGUGUAGCUUUAGUCCUGCUAGUGCUGAAAGUUGUGGAUACACCUGCACGCAGAACUGGCAGAAGCAGCAAUAAAUACACCGUCUGUUCUGAUCAGUUCCGUCCACUUGAAUCUGUGAAAAAUGGUACAAUGUGUGAGAACUGCGAUGAUGCUGUACCAAUCUCACUCUGUAAUUGUUCAAAUGUUUACACUGGAUCUACAUGGACUUGUACUUAUGAAAACUUCUCUCGGAUUAUUCAAGAAGGUCAUUGUAAACAUACUAAUGAAUUAACAAUACAAAAAUCAACUGUUUUAUCCCAUGAGUUUGUUUUCCCAGUGAAUGAUAGCUAUAAGCCUGAAUGCUUAGGUAGUUUCAUAAGCACAAAUAUGGCAAUUUUCCUGCUCGCCAUUGUUGGGCUGUUACUUGUUGCAUUGUUUAUUUUACUAGACGUUAGAAUCUCUAAUGGCAGACUAAAUGGUCUCAUCUUCUACGCUGCUACCAUUCAUUUGAAUCAGGAUGCGUUUUUCCCGCAUGAAAAAAGAGGUUUGCUCUCUUUAUUCUUGUCUUGGUUGAAUCUAGAUCUAGGUUUUAGUGUUUGUGCAUUUGAUGGAAUGAGCUCUACAAACAAGCUAUGGCUGCAAUUUGUAUUCCCUUUGUAUAUUAUGCUGGUGGUGGUAGUUGUUUCAUUUGCGUUUCAGUACUCGAUUGUAAUAUUCAACUGGCAACUAUCUGUGGCAGUUCUUCCCAAUAGUGUCACUCUUUUUCUCCUUGCAUACUUGAAAGUUCUUCGAGUAUCCGUAUUUGUCAUUUCCUUCAUCUUUGCACCAGGAUCAGAAAAACUAGUACGGAUCCAUGACAUCAAUGUGGACUACUUUGCAUUUGAGCACCGUAUGAUAUUAUUUGCCUCAGUAUUUUUCUUAUUAGUUAUUGCGAUUCCUUACACUUUCAUUUUGAUAACCUCUAGAUUUCUGUUUAAAUUAGGUUUGUUUGAUGAAUCUAAAUCAGGAUUGAUUUUAAAUCUGAUUCUUGAUAUGUACACUGGAAGGCUAAAGCCAAGCACGCAGUUUUGGUUUGGAAUUAUUUUACUUUUCUAUUCUUUUCAGAUUGCCAUUUAUGAUUUCACUGGAGGUGAUGUAAUCCUUAAUCUUGUUGUCGCCAUACUACAGGCUUGUGUGCUUCUAUUAAUUAGCCUUCUAUUGAAUGGUGCGUAUUUAAAAAAUCUGACGAACAAAAUGGAACAACUCUUUUUUCUAAACCUGAUCGCAGUAUCUGCACUAGCACUACUAAUGCAGCAUAAACAAAGUACUGUCUAUGAAUAUUGCACAUACAUACUCAUGUUUUAUUCUGUGACCAUCCUUUCUGUCACUAUUGCUGAGCGUUGGGUGACAAAUUACUUUCCAAAUUUUGUGCUGUCUCCAAAUGAAGAACCUAUUGCCCCUACAGAAGAGACUACCGACAAUAUUAACAAUCCCUCCAUGCAGACAACUUGGCCAGAUAGUAUGCCAGAUGAGACCUAUGAUAGCAAAAUUGAACCUAGAUCAGACUUUCGUGAACCCUUAUUGGAUGACACUGUACUUACGACAAAUUCCACCGUCUCCAUUAAUCAUAUUAACAAUGUUCCUCGCAAUAAAACUGUGACAUCUUCCGAAUUGGUUUUCAAAAGAGGAAAACUUUGUGGAGAAGCUGAUCUCAUUCUUAAUCAAGAUUUUAUCCAUCAGAGAACAGAGGAAGAUGAAUAUGGUGUUAACACUUUAUGUAUUCAAUAUAGCAGUACUACCCCACAAACUUACUCGAGGUCACCUAGUUCCUCAAACCAACCAGUGAACAGUGAUGUGGACUCGACUGUACCGAAGAUAAUGCCAACCAUUGAAGGUGAUCAGAGGUCAGUAAUGAACACAGAUAAUGUAGAACGUAAGUCUAAGGAACCAAUGUCACCGGACUCCUCUGUCCAGCCCUACUGCGCUGGCAAGGACGAAGCAACAAAGACCAAGCUGCGCAUGCAUUCCCGGUUGUCUUUUCCAUACCAUUCGUUACGCAAGUAUCGAAAAAGAUCUUAUCAAAGGCUAUCCUACGGAAGUAAUGGCAGGAAAAAAUCUGUUAAUCUCAAUCCAGGGUCACUGGUUUUGGCUAGUUGUAUUCCAUCAUCUUUGCUGACGUCUACUGUGAUGGAAGUGACCAACACUGGAAAGAAAUUCUCUUACCAAGGCAUCUUAGUCGAUAUUCCAUCAGGUGCCAUUAGUAAGGGCCUAAAAAUUCAAAUCGAAGUCGGAAUUCUAGCACACGGCCCUUUUAACUAUCCUAAACUCAUGACCCGUGUUUCACCAGUUUUAUGGUUUUGCUGCAGACAGUUUGUUUGUUUCAAUAAAAGCGUGAAAAUUGUUCUUCCCCACUGCCUUAAGAAAGUCACAACUGUUGGCAAUAAGAGUCUGGGCUUGAGCUUUAUGAAAGCAAAUUAUUUCUAUGAUCAUGAUUUAGCUGGUUCGUCGUCAUUCAAUUUCAGACCGCUCGACUAUACAGAAAGCAUACUAGAUUUAUCUGAGAUGAAAGGAAGUUUGCAAACCACAGAUCAAGGUUGUUUCUUUUGUUUAACGGCUAACCAAUCGUCACCAUUGCUCGUGAAGAAAACCGAAUACUGCCUGACUAGAGUUUGCCCUAAGCAGUUGACUUCGAAUUCUAAAGUAUACUUUUGUGUGUCAUACUUUCUAAAGUCCUGCUUGGAGGACAUUGAAAAGCAGUUCCCUUCAAGAGACUUUGAGCGAUUGCCAACUCCUUUUCAAUUUGUUAACGAGCCUUCUGUUGACCCAAACGUCACGAUACAAGUAUCUUCAACCGAAAACUGUUUUGCAACUGUUGAGACCACAAGCGAGAUAACAGCUCAGGAAGCUCAUUUUUCCAACGAUGAUGACCCCUCACAUCAGCUGAAAAAGGAAUGCGGAGCAUACCCGCCACGUUUCCAGCUGAGAGUUUGCGAAUUACAUCCUAAAGAUGUAGGUGCUCCUGGACCAGCAACAGCCUGCGUAUCUUUCCGAGGGAUUGUGCCGCCUAUUGAUUCUACCUUGGUGUUACCACAUAAUACACAACAAUGCCCUGUUUCUGUUAAAGCUCAUGAAAGUAUAAAUUUUGCCUCAGGUACGAAGUAUCGUGACUGGUUGGAAAGAAGCUCGGAGUAUGUACCAUCAUCUAUUCCAAGAAAUUCUUACUAUUACCAGCUAUUGCAAGAGAUACAAGAGUCAGAAGACCUGAAAGGGCUUCACCACGAUCCGUACUGGAUGGAUUUGGAAAUGGUUAUGCCUAAAGUUGCCACAAAAUGGAGAGAGAUUGGGACACUUUUAAUCAAUGAAAACGCCCUGGCAAUAAUCGACGAAGACUAUCGUCAUGAGUCGUGUACGGAAAAGAUAAGAAAAGUUCUGAAAGAAUGGAGAGUUUGUGGCGAUUUGCCUUAUCACUGGUCAUCUCUCAUCAGAGUUCUUCAAACAGACAUUGUUAGCGAGACUAAUUUAGCACUUCAACUGUCAAAAGUAUAUUGUAUUGAACUUCCCUACCAGUAACACCUUUAAUUUUAAUUUUUAUAUAUUGAAAACCAUUAGUUUUGUUGUGAGUACUG